UUCUAUUAUGUACAAACUCUCUGACUUUUAAAUGCAGAUUGUAUUUAUAAAAGUGUGUAAUACGCGCUCGGUCGCUCCCUCGACGCCGGUGUGGUUGGUCCGCAGGGCGGCUUCCCCCGCAGAGCGGCCGCACCGCCGACCACGCACGGCCAUGGCUGGGGCGCUGGUGCGCAAGGCGGCGGACUAUGUCCACAGCAAGGACUUCCGGGACUACCUGAUGAGCACGCACUUCUGGGGUCCAGUUGCCAACUGGGGUCUCCCCAUUUCUGCCAUCAAUGACAUGAAGAAGUCUCCAGAGAUCAUCAGUGGGCGGAUGACCUUCGCCAUCUGCUGCUAUUCCUUGACAUUCAUGAGAUUUGCCUACAAGGUGCAGCCUCGAAACUGGCUUCUGUUUGCAUGCCAUGUAACAAACGAGGUCGCCCAGCUCAUCCAGGGAGGACGGCUUAUCAACUACGAGAUGAGCAAGAAGGCGUCUGCGUAGCACUGAGGACCAACCAGCUCUUGAAAAGGUCAGCGCCUCAGCCACUGCUGCCAUGCCACAGAUCACGUCAGCAUAAAUGAUCUUGCUGAAGGAAAAUAUGGAAUGCUACCCUUAAUUGCCAUGCCAACAUUAUAGAAAAGCUGAGAGUCCCUAAACCAACUCUCUGCUGCCUUAUCAAUGCUAAAAUGUAUUUGUCUUCAUCAAGAGUAGUUCAGAAUAUGCAACUAAUUUAAUAAUUUUCAGUGAUGGUUUUAUCUGUAGGAAUCUGUGGUAAUGUGUAUAUUAUCUAUUGGGAUUUGUGUAAUAAAAAUCUAAGGAACAAAUUUUAUAUAACUAUAA